GAAAUAGCCUGCCCAACUAAGUCUCCCGUACCUUAGACCAUCCGCUCCUAAAACGUUCCCUGUUCCGAGCCACAGGCUCGGUUCCAGCUCUCUCCCCUCUUUGUGCCAGAUUCGACAUUUCGCGCAGUCGAACUUGACGGUGUCAAGAUUGAUGAUACUCUUUGUCCAUUCCUAGGCACGCGUUCCUUAGGAGUUUUCCCCUCGUGGCUCUCUUCCGAGUCAGAGGCGUCUGCAUACGCCUACAUACGCACACGCAUCCACUCUUCAACCCACGACGCCGGGUCCGCUUCAGCGCGUCGUAGCGCAUCCUCUCCUCUCCUGACAUCUGUCCGAGGUGCUUCUCCUCAGAUUUGCACAAAGAUAUAUCCAAUCCAGAUUGGCCUUCAACCAACAGAUUUCUAUUGCAGUACUGUAGUUGGGCCACUGUGGUUGCGCAUUAUUAGGUUUCGAGUACUCGUGUCUUGGUGCCUGUAUUGGGUAUUGCCUCAGAAUAGGUAGUGGCCCGGUGUGUACCUCGAGACAAGAGCCGAUAGGACUCCAGUCCUUGUUGUUCCGAACAUUCAGUGCUUAUACUAAUUCAAGACACCCGUUCCAUUUGUCUCGCCUGCUGGCUGUCACCCAAAGGACGCAGUGCUUGUUUCCGCGGUAUCUGCGCAUCCAUCCAUCCCUCUCACUAGGUCGCCAAACUGCCACCAAUUGGACAUCGAACCAAUUCAUUCCGUUGGUUUCCCAAGCACGGUACGGUACAACACAGUACAGUGCAAGCCUUUGUCAGUCACUAAGGCAUUGCCGCUUCAGGCCCGGCGUCCAUAGACCCCGACAUCGAAAGCGACUCCGAUCCUUUAGCCCCGGCCAACGGCCAUCGAGAUUCAGUCGGUUCAAUUAUUGACGACCCCUUCUUCCAGACCUACGACCCGGCCGUUCAAGCUGCUGCAGUUUCCGAGGACGAGGACCAAUCUGAUGGAAGUUCGGUCUACCAAUCGCUAGAAGACGAGGACCACGAGCAUCUUUUUCACGACACAAAGGGGCACAACUUCGGCAAAGCGGCCAAGCAAGCCAAGCGCAAAAGCGGCGGCGGAAAGAAACUGAAGCCCGACAGCGAUGAUAACGAACCAAGCCAAUACUGGCCGCCUCCUCGACGAGAAUCUUUGACCGCUACACCCUCUUCGUACUGGGUAUGUAACCAUGUUCCAUCACAUGCGGCCCCACCCUAGCUAUCGCGGGGCAGCGUUGCUCAACAAACGGUUAUUCGGGGUUUGGAUGGUAGAGGCAGUUUUGCGACAGACGGCUGACCACAGCUUGACGCUAUACAGUCCCAAGCAUCACCGACUAUGGAAAGUUUCAACAUUGCCGUCAUCGGUUCCACCGGGGUUGGCAAAUCAUCCUUUGUCCAGCGGGUCUUAGGCCUGUCUCGGCCACCUAUCUCGAAUGCUUCCAGCGUCCGCAUGCUGGUUGACAACAACUCUCACGCCGUAACUCUACUCGAGCUGGACCUAGAGUACUUCGAGUUGAACCCUACGCAGCCCAUCCAGUGGCCAAAACAGAUCAAUGGGCAUAUCGUCCCCCGCGUCGAUGCUGCUCUUAUAUUAUAUGAUGUCACCAAUCAUGAAUCCGUGCGUGAACUACCUCAGACUUUGGCGGCUCUCACGAACUCUGGUUUACCCGCUAGUCUGGUGGCUUGCAAAUGUGAAACCCCUGAAGCAGAAUGGCAGGUCAACGCCGAAGCCAUUGCGAAUCAUCAACUCUUUAAAUCUUGUGUUUCAACCUACAAAAUCUCCUCAAAUGACACUGAUGUUGCCAAAACGUGCCUUCACACCAUCUUGAGAGCCGCAAUAGCCCAUCGAAGAGAAGAAAAUGGCGAAACGUUCUCGCGCAGGCGAGCGCAGUCUGCUGCCAAUUUGGAAGCUCCUGACGUUGGCACCGGGCGCCCCAUUAGCCAACAUAGCAAACAUAGUCGAGCAAGCUCCGAUUUCUCUUUACUCAAGGGGUUCUCCAAUCCACCAAUUAACGAAAACUACCGGGCGCAGUCGUCUCGUAGCCCUAGGCAAGGUCAUAUAGCCAGCUCGAAUCCCGAGGCAGGAGAAAUGGGCCAAGCGCAAACACUCAAUAACAUGCUGAGGACUCCUGGCAUUCGACUCGAUAGACCCAGUACCGAUUCGUUCUUGGAUGUGGAUGAGUCUGACGCAGAGUCCUAUCGAUACUCCGAUGACAUCCCGAUACUUCAAAGAAAUGACGAUAACACGCUGGAUAAGCAAGCGAAGAUGGCAGGCGUAACGUUCGAUGAGCUAGUUGAUCGACUUCUUGCUCCUCGCUUGACAAGAAUCGACAACAACUUCUCUGAUGUUUUUCUCUGUCUUUAUCGCAAGUUUGCAGCUCCUGGUGAGCUUUUCACUGCCAUUUUAACCCGACUGGAUAAAGUGAGGGACGAUAAGACAGCGCAUUACCUUUCCAAGACAGCCACACAGCUCCGAAUUAUCGAGGUGGUCGCGAAAUGGGUAUCACUUUACCCCGGCGACUUCGCCCGCCCUCAAACUAGACGGAACUUGGAGGAGUUUAUCAGGCAUCUGAGUACAGAACCGAUUUUCUCAAUCGCAGCACAGCAUAUGCGACGACACCUCCAAUUCAAUGUCGUGGAAGAUGACGAUACAGGUUGGGCAAACUCGGAUGAGACUAGCGAUAAGCUCGCAAGUGAGAUCUUGUCAAAGGACAUGAACGAGCUGUCAUCUGGUGUGAGUGUGUUGACGGUGGAGUCGGACAUUGACGGAAGACCAUCUGGAAGCUCAGAGGUCUCUCUUGCGGACAGAAGCAGCAGUGUCUCGAGCCAGGUGCAUUUUCACACGUUUGAGGACUACGAAAGAGCUGCAAGCAACCUGGAACCUACGGACAACUUACCUAUGAACAAAUUCCGCUACCAUAUAUUCAUGGACAUCCCCGAUGAUGAUGUUGCGGACGAGCUGACCAGAAUCGAUUGGAUCAUGUUUUCCUCAAUUCGAAUACGCGAUUUCGUUCGACACGUCAGCCUAUCCGCGUCCCAAAAGGAGCGUUGCAAGAGUUUACGGAAUGUGAAUCGAAUGAUCAACCAUUUCAAUCAUGUUGCCAAAUGGGUUGCCAACAUGAUUCUGCUGCGGGACAAAGCCAAGCAUCGAGCGCUAAUAUUAGAGAAGUUCAUGAAUAUUUCACUCAAGCUGCGGCAACUCAACAACUACAAUGGACUGGCAGCCAUUCUAGCAGGUGUGAACGGAACGGCCAUUCAUCGAUUAAAUCAGACGAGAACACUAGUACCAGCAGAAGUCCAAAAGCGGUUUGCGCGGUUGGGCAUAUUGAUGGGAACUCAGAAGAGUCAUUUCGCCUACCGCCUAGCCUGGGAAAAUUCUUCCCUCCCCCGGAUUCCUUUCAUCCCCCUUCAUCGAAGAGACUUGGUGUCAGCAGAGGAGGGAAGCAGAACAUUUGUCGGUACAGAUGGAGAUCGCAUCAAUUGGAAGAAGUUUGAGGUUCUGGGAGAGGUCUUGCUACCAAUCAUGAAGAGCCAGAGCACAUCAUACCCAAAUCUAACCAAGCACGACACUGCAAGAGAACUGAUUCUGGGUUGUCGCAUGCCAACGGAUGAAGAGGACAUUUAUCAGCGAAGUGUGCAAGUUGAAAGUGGCUCAGGGGGUUUCGCUGAGCCGCCUAAGAAGAAGUUCCCAUGGUUUGCAAAGUAAUCUAUCAAUUGAUCGUACGGAGUUUACGGAGCACGCAUGCGCACUAUACUUAUGGAUGCAAACAUUGGGGGCAUUUUAUAGACUUUGUUCGCCUACUGGCUUGGACUGGACAUAGCCAGAUAAUGAUGUACACACCUAGGAUUUAUGUGGUUGACUUACCUUAGUAGUAGGAACUCAUAUUUUGGACAUCCAACCUACCCUAAUGAUUAGCGACUUGGCUACGAUAUCUAUCAAUACCUCCCAACUGCCAAUAGCAUUUUGGAUGCUUGCCGCGUAUUAAACUAUAACUACCUCGAGUACCUAGAUGAUGGACGUUAUCAGAUCGCUCCUUCUUUCCCCUGUCCCGUCGGGUGCUUCUCACA